AUGGACUAUAAUGAACCUCACACAGCUUCGACUCGUGGACCAUCGACCGCCGGUCUAACAUGGCAGAAUGGCAUGCCAACGCUGAGAAUGGAAGACGCCGUGGUUGAGACUGUAGUCACCCACACUACCCGCACGACUACUUCCUUCGCGCCCAUCAUCCUACCGCGUGUACCACCUCCUGAAUCGAUAGGCCUUCCUACUCAUCUCAAACAAGAGCAAUAUCCGCUAGCGAAUCAACCUGCUCCCCCUGACAUGCAGUUCUUUACGCUUAACCUCGGCGGUCGCAGGGUGGUCGUGCAAGAUGAAUCAGUCAUCUCGCCAAGUGCUGAUGGAACGUUGAGAUCAUCCGGACCAGGAUGGACCAAAACGUUUCCGACAUCUUCGUACCAUUCACCCGGAGUCGCUAGAGAGUCUCAUGGACCGGAAGAAAGAGUGGGGUUUCUCCAAGCUUUGAACAGGAGUAAAGGGAAAGAAGUGAGGAAAAGACCUCAUAAUUUCAGUAGACCAGGUAGUAGGCAGGAGGAAGGAAUGAAAGUCGACACGAACACCCCACCUAUCUCUGCUGCCGAACAACUGGCGAUCAGACAACGGAGUCCACCUAGAAAAAAGAUUAGAGCAUUAGAGGAGAUUUCCAUUCACCCUCAAAAGGGUAAUGCGUCCUUACUCUCUCCACUUCCUUCACCGGAGCAUGAAGCUGGACCGUCGACACCUACUAGUGCUACCUCUCCUACGCAGCCUAACCUUGGUACUGGAGCAGAAGUAUCGGCUCUGCUAUCAUUACCUGUUCUGGUAUCGCAAUUCGAUCAACUCCCUGAUCGACUCCAACAACAUUUCUUGAUGCAUCUUCUCCGACGAUCACGCAUGCCAACCAUUCAACGAAUCUCAACGUUCGCCUCUACUGCAUUGAAACGUGAUUUCAUCGCUUUGUUACCUCACGAGGUGGCUGUUCAGAUCUUACGUCGAGUCGACAGACCUGGUCUAGCUAUCGCUUCGAGGGUGUGUAAGAAGUGGAAGAGGAUGAUCGAUACCGAACGGGUGGUAUGGCAGCAACGAUUAAUCGAUGAUGACCUAUGGCAAGGACACGGAGUGGAAGAGGCGGAGGAAAGGAAAAUCUUGGAUAGGUAUGAAAUUCUAGAUUGGAAAGCGGAAAGGGAAAUACAGAAUUUCGGUCGUGAAGAUACGCCAAGCGAUGAUGAGAGAAUGUUAUCAGCUACGAAUCCUUCCAGACUGAUAUACGAACAAGAACGUCCUACACCGUUGAAACACGUAUAUAGAAGGAGAUAUCAAAAUAAGAAAUCAUGGUUACAUAACAGACCUGAACAUACUUCUUUCUCCGGACAUGGUACAAACGUCGUAACGUGUUUACAGUUUGAUGAAGAUAAGAUCAUAUCCGCUUCGGAUGAACAUUCGAUAAACAUCCAUGAUACCGUCGGAGGCCGUCUGAGGAAAAGCUUAGAUGGACAUCAAGGUGGUGUUUGGACAUUGGAAUACAAAGGUGACACAUUGGUCAGUGGAAGUACCGAUCGUACGGUUAGGAUAUGGGAUUUAGAGAAUUUAGAGCAAGUUCAUGUUUUCAGUGGACAUACUUCUACUGUAAGAUGUUUACAGAUUGUCGAACCGGUUUGGAAUGAGAGGGAGAAACAAUGGCAGCCGCCUUAUCCGAUGAUUGUCACUGGAUCUAGGGACGCAACUUUGAGGGUGUGGAGAUUGCCUGAGAAAGGUGAUAGACCUUAUAAUGGAACGGCCACUUCAGAUGAUGAAGGCGAUGCUCCUUCUCCGGAAGAUAAUCCGUAUCAUCUACGAUUACUCGAAGGUCAUAGUGGAGCUGUAAGAGCUCUCGCAGCUCAUGGGAGAAUCUGCGUUUCCGGAUCGUACGAUAUGACUGUCAGAGUAUGGGAUAUUGUGAAAGGGACCUGUAUCCAUGUCCUAACAGGGCAUGAAGCGAAAGUUUACAGUAUAGUGUACGACCAAUAUCGAAAUCGAUGUGCAUCCGGUUCCAUGGACAAUACCGUGAAAAUAUGGGAUCUCGCUACUGGUGAUUGUCUACAUACCCUUACCGGACAUACCUCCUUGGUUGGUUUGUUGGGUAUUUCACCGAAUUACCUCGUAUCAGCAGCUGCCGAUGCUUCUUUAAGGAUCUGGGAUCCCGAAACACUACAGAUGAAGAAUGUCUUGGCUUCUCACGGAGGGGCGAUAACGUGUUUCCAACAUGAUGAGACCAAAGUGGUCUCUGGAUCAGAUGGAGCAUUGAAAUUAUGGGAUAUCAAAACCGGACUAUAUAUUAGAGAUCUGGUAGUGGGAAUAAGCUCAGUAUGGCAAGUCGCCUUUAAUGGAAACUUGCUUGUAGCAGCCUCGAAUCGGGGUGGACAAACUGUAUUUGACGUCUUCAACUUCGCUCCUUCACCUGCUUAUUCGCAUUUCCCGGAAGGAAUAGAUGAUGAUCAGUUGGAUCUCCUGAGAACGCCAAAAUGGAAGAAAGAUAUGAAAAGAUUGAGACUCAAGAACAAGACUAAAGAUGAGAGAUCGAGAAGGAUUACAGGUCAAUCUCCCCCUCAUUCUUCGAGAUUUAUCGAUGUGAAUGAACUGCUUUCGUCCGAUAGUGACGACGAUCUAGAAGAGGAAGAUGUGGGUCUGCUAGAGGAAACUCCGAUAUCAGCUAGUUACAAGAAGAACAAAUCGACUACUUCGUUGGAUAGGUGGGAAAUUGGAGGAAGUAACCAGGCUAGAUACGGUGGAUCUCCUUCUGCCUCUGGAUCAGGAGGUGGAAAUAGAAGAUCAACCAGAAUAGCAGGACGAUCUUCGUUAGGUUCAAGUGGAAUUGAAGCUGGACCAAGCAGAAGACAUCCUACACAUCAGGUACAACCACCACCACCGGCAUUUACACAUACUUCUUUCACAGCUAGUCCCACGUAUAACCACCAUCAUCAGCCUCAUCAUGUUGGUAGGACAUUGCAGAUGUCGAGAAGAGCCAAAAAUAGAAGGUCGACUGGAGGAGGAGAUUCACCCUCUCCUUCGAUUCGAAAUCCGGCUGGAUAUGAGAUAGGAACGAGAAGUGUUAGUGGUAGGAUGACUACAAGUGCGAACCCUCAUUCUGGAUCGAGCUUUGCACCGAUUUUCGAUGAAGAGCCUUCGGCUUCCGGGUCGACUUCGAUACAGAGGAGAUCGGGUGCUGAAGAUUCUGAAGAAGAGGAAGAGGAAGAAGAGUAUGUCGAUAGACGGGGUAGGGAUAGUGGGGAGAUGAACGUUGAUGAAGAAGAUGAUGAUGAUGAUGAGCAGUAG